AUGAAUAAUAAUACUAAUGAUGGUGUAUCUAAUUGUACUUCAGACAAGUUAAUUUCACCAACUUAUUCUUUAGCUUCAAAUUUCUUAUCACUUCACUCCCCCAACAGUAUUAAUAAUAAUAUUAGUAGCAAUAGUAAUAAUAAUAAUACUAUUAACCAUAAUACCAACAAUCAUUCACGUAAUUCUUUUCUUCGACCAACAUCAAGAAUAUCACCUGAACCAAUGCUUGUUGGAUCAGCUGCCAGUCCACCAUCUUCAUCGGCUACACCGACUUUUUUAUCUCCUAAUCAACCGAAUCCUGUCGGUGGCAGUGGGGGUGGUGAUUUUUACCCAUCAACUGAAAGUACAACUUCACCAAAUUCUGUCCUGUUAAAUGGGUGUACAAAUCUUCGUACAUCACCGAAUAUAACUCAAACAGCUGUAAAUUUAUCAAAUGAAAAUCAAUCCUGGGAACCGUGUAAAGUUUGUGGAGAUAAGGCUUCAGGACGACAUUAUGGUGUUGUAUCCUGUGAAGGAUGUAAAGGAUUUUUUAAACGUUCAAUCCGUGGACAUGUUAGUUAUGUAUGUCGUAGUGAACAAAAUUGUCUUGUAAAUAAAGCCUAUCGUAAUCGUUGUCAGUAUUGUAGACUACAAAAGUGUUUAGCUGUUGGUAUGCGUUCAGAAGCUGUACAAAAUGAACGUCGACCGACAAAUACAUUUGCUUUAAAUUUUAUGACUGAUAAUAAUAAUAAUAAUAAUAAUUCAAGUAAUUCGAACACUACACCUACAACUACAGGUGGAGGAAAUAUAAACGGCAGAGUUUCACCGAAUUUCACUACCUCUUGUACUACUAAUACUUCCACUACUAAUGUUAAUGUUAAUAGUAAUACCUCAAAUGGAGGCAUAACUAGCCUUCCAUUGAAUACAAAUGCCUGUAAUACUUCACCACAAUCUCAGCAUAUAUUAUACAAACCGGAACAUAAUUCAGAAGAGAACGAAGAUGAAAUUUAUGGUCAUAAUAACAACAAUAAUAAUAAUAAUAAUUCGAAAUUGAUGACACAGAAACCUGAAGAUAACCAAUUAUCAUCAAGAAAUUCCCCAUCUUGUUCUUCUUCUUAUCGUUCUUCAAUACUACCGACUACAACAUCUAUUAUGGGUGAAAUUUUAUCAUCAAAACAUGUGAAUGAUAAUCUCUUGUCUGGAGGAAAUAAAAAUUCUACUUUAAGUGAUAUCUCAUCAUCAUCAUCGGCGUCGUCAGCGUCGGCAUCAUCUACAGCUUCUGAAAUGAAUGACACCAAUCAUUCAUCCUACCUACAUCAUCAAGAUAUUAAGUCUGGUGUCAUCUCAAAGUCAACAUCUGGAUUGUGUACUGCUGUCUCACCACAAAGUAGUGGAACACAUUCUCUGGGUGUACUACAAUCACCGCAAUCAUCUCCUGUUAUUCCGCUGACUACUUCCAGUCAUCAACGUUCAACAGCUGUCAUGAUGAGUAGUAGUAAUAAUAGUAAUAAUAUUAACAACAAUCAUAACACAUCUCUUCCUAAUAAUCUAUCUACGUAUCCCAGUGGAUUGGAAGAUUGUCUUACAGCUAGUCUAAGAGAUUCAGACUAUGCCAGUACAAUUCCUAAUCGACCUAUCAAUAGAAAUACUCUUCUCAGUUCACAGCUUGCUGAUAUGCCUGAUAAUAACAAUACUACUACUACUUCCAAUAAAGUAAGUGCAACACAAGAAAUGUAUGCUCCAAUAAUGACACCUUUCUCCAAUUCAAUUGGUUUAUCCUCAAUACCUCUGCCUAAUCAACAAGAGUCUAUUCCAUUGUUCACUAGUAGUGAUGAUACUACAGUUGGUGGAUUGAAUUUGAAUGAAUUAACUAAAUUGGCAUUGAGUAACAUGAAUUCCUUACCGUCAUCAUCAGCAUCAUCAUCAUUAUCCAGUCAACAAGAACGUAGUUUAGCUGCCCUAUACACUUAUUGGUUGGCAGCAACUGCAGCAGCUAGUAGUAGUGGUGCCUUGAAUUCUUCACAACCUCUACAACCAAUACAACCACAACACCAACAACAGUCAUCUGAACAUACCCAACAACAAACUUUGACUACUUCACCUCUUUUAUCUGCAUCUAAACAGAAUUGUAAUUUAUUAGAUAUGAAAAGAUCAUUAUCAUCACCGAAAACUUUGCCAUCUUUGACAAUGAUCCCUACAAUCACCACCAAUCCUACAAUAUCUAGUUCAAGCCAUCAAAAUAUCACAUCUCAUUUUAAUGUAAAUUCAAAUACUGAAAGUUUAUUUGGACAACAACAACAGCAGCACCAACAACAGUGUAGUUUAGAAAAUCAAUUAUUGAUCAAUGGAUUGAAUCAACAGCAGUCGAAAUCCUCCUCAUCAUUACCAGCGUCAUCAUCAUCAUUAUUGUCUAUGUCAAAUAGUCAAACAGAUGCUUUGAAUGCUUUGAUGGCACUUAUGCUCGGUUCGUCAUCAUCAUUAUCAUCGUCCGGAUCAGAAAAUAUUAUUAGUGGAUUGAAUAGCUUUCAUACUCUUGCAGAUGUAGUCAAUUCAGCUGUACAAUUGAAGCCACCGAUACAAUCACAGCCAUCAUCAUCAACUCUUCAACGACAUUUACAACAACAACAGCAACAACAACAACAACACCAACAAUCUCCUUUUCUUACACAUCAUUCUAAUCAAUAUAAUUCGUUGAAUCCUCCAGUUCAGCCAUCGCUAUCAUCGUCUACUUCACCGAAUAAUAUUGCCUAUGAUUUGCCUAUACCGUCGACAUCAUCCUCGUGUUUAGCAGCAUCGUUAUUUGGUCUCACUAAUAAUAAUAAUAUUACUUCUACUACUACUACUACUAAUAAUAAAGCUACUCCAACUACUACCAUUAGUAAUAAUAGUAAUAAUAUUAGUAAUAACAAUAAUAUACCAAUUAUCCCAGUCCCUCCACCAAUCAAAUCAACCAAUUUAAUUCAAUUAUUAUGCAAGCGUACCUCGAACAGUGAAACAAAUACUCUAAUUGAUAAUGAUAAUAAAAAUGGUUGUAGUGGCAAUAAUGUUAUCAUGACUACUAAUGCUUCUUCUAUAAAGAGAAGACGUAGCAGUAAUAGUAGUAAUAGUAAUAGUACUGUUAAUAAUAAUAUAGAAGAUAAUGUAUCAGAAUCUGGUGAACCAAGCGAUAACAUAGAUCGUGAUGUUAACGGUUAUUCAACAACUGUGAUGAAAAAGUAUGAACAUACCUCGAGUGGUGGUGUUGGUAGCUGUGAAAGCGAGUCAAUCGAUAAAUCACCUAUGAAAGAUGAAACUACAACAUGGACAAGAAGUCGUAAGCGAAAAAUGCCCUAUUCCUAUACUUCGGACAAUGUUGUAAGAUCAAUUCGUCGACGAACUCAAAAUAGCAGUAAUAAUAAUGAUAGUAAUAUUACUGAUGGUGCUGGUGAUAAUCCAGUAAUGCCUAAUGCUGAUAAUUCUAAUUCUAAUGUUGGCAUAAAUCAUCCUUCAGGAAUAACAGAUACAACAAAUGAAAUACACGACGAUAUUCAUGGUAAUACUACUACUAGUAAUAAUGAUAUUGGUGCUGGUGGUGAAGACAGAUCAACAGAAUCAACCUCUGAGUGUUGUACUAAAUCACCGGAUAAUUCUAGACCGAAUACACCUUUAGUUGGUCCUGUUCUACUGAAUUCAAUGUUUGAUUUAAAUGCUGAAGUUUUUAAACCAUGUCAAGAUAAUGAAAACAACAACAACAAUAAUCGAUCGCUUAGUAUAUCAAGUGAAUUAGCUUCACGUGUUCUAUUUUUAACUGUAGACUGGUUACGUCGAUUUGAUGGUUUGAAACGGUUACCAAUUGGAGCUCAACGUGAUUUGGUAGCUAUUUCUUGGUCUGACCUUUUUGUACUUGGAUUAUGUCAAGCAGCUGAUCAAAUUAAUCGUGGUCAAUCACGUCAGGAAUUAAAUGACUCACAAAAUGAUAAUAAUACUGGAAAAGUAAAUGUAACAAAAGUUUUUGGAAGACAACAAACAGCUUCACCGUGUCCUUCUUCUACUGCAACUGCAACAAGUUCUUCUAUGAAAUCCAGUAAUAACGUGGACUCAUCAACAGUAUAUAUUUCACCAAUGCUAGAAUCUAUAGAUAUGCCAUAUUUGAAACCGAGUUCUUCAUCUUUAGCUGUGAUAGAAUUAGUUGAACAAUUAAUGAAACAAUUCACUGGAGCUGAAAUUGACGCGCAGGAAUAUACUUAUUUAAGGUGUAUGGUUAUACUUAGCUCUGGACGUCUUUGUAUCAAUGCAAGAGAUGCAAAUUUAGCCAAACAAAUUACUGAGAUGGAAUCACGUGUAUUGAGUGAAUUUUCUGAUUUCUUGUCAACACGCGCAGCAACAGCUUCCUCCUCAUCAAAUCCUACUGGUUCUCAAUCAUCAUCAUCACUGAGUAGAAAAAAGAUGACAAAAAAUGUUAUUAAAAGAGUUCUUAUCCUAACACAAUUAUUAUCAACACUUCGUUAUUUAGAUCCAAAAGAUUUAGAAGAGGCAUUCUUUUCAAAUUUACUUGGCUCAGUAUCAAUCGCUCAAAUUCUUCCAUAUCUGUUGGAAUCAAAUGAUCUAUUCAUUCAAAGUCAAUUAGUAUUGAAUUCAUACCAGUCAGAUGAUACUACUACUACUACCAAUCGCCUUGCCUCCAAGCCCGGUAUAAACUGUGUAAAAUCUAUGAAUGAUGAACAAGUUAUAAAAUCUGGAUCAGAAGUUGAUCUAGCAAAAAAUUUCAUUGAUGAUUCAUUUCAAAAUCGUAUAUUGGAGAGAAAUGAUGAACCACUUGUCUUGUCGUUGUCACAUACAAACCAGACAACAACAACAACGCCGCCACCACCACCAAGAAGCAGAUCAGCCUCAUCUGAGAUAAUCACACCUAUUGAAUUAAAAGACCAAAAUAUUGAACGAACAACACACAGUGUACCACUUUUAAAUAAUGAAAGUAAUGAUGCCGUAUAA